UAGGAGCUCCGGAGACAGAGAGAGAGAGAAACAGACAGGAGGAGAGAGAGAGGGAGAGAGGGAACGGGACAAUUAAACGGACUUUUCAUCGGCUUUAUAGCGAACAUUAAACACCGGCGGAGGUCGGGAGACAGAGAGAAAUACUGUGAGGAGGAGAGACAGAGGGGGCAGGCGACUUUCUCUGAAGUUGAAGCCAGAAUAAUUUCGCCAGUGAACUGCCAGAGGAAGAGGAGACAACGAGCUGUGUAUUUUGGAUUUGUCAAACGAGGGAGGAGGGUAGGGGGGGAGACACGGGUUCGCGUAUGGCCAAAUGUUCUCCAGUUAGCUAAAUGAACAAAAGUUGAAGUUCGGCGUCGUGGCAGUCGGUAAAUGUUGUGACAUUUCAGGAGAGCAUAAAUUGCUCCAGCGGUCGACGGUCGAGUGGCGGGGUAAAAACCCGAGCUGUCAAACCCGAUGACUACUGCAAACUGCCCCGGGAAUGAGGAGCUGGACUUCAGACUGAUCUUCGGAGAGGACGGGCAGCAGCAGCCCUUAGGCCCCGCAGGUCAGUGUGUUUCAUACAAUCUGGAGCCUGAUGACAACACAUCGUUCUACAUCCUAAAUGUGGGCCAGCCCCAGUCUAUGGUCACCAACCACCAGUCUAUUGGCCUGCCUCGUCAUGGCAUGCAGUCCCACUCGCAGGUCAUCAGCACUUCCCCGCGCUUUCAGUCACACAAACCAGGAUCUGAGCCUCCAAGCUAUGAGGUACACGACUCCAAGUACGGCACCUCCCCCCUGCUGCCGUCUGCUCCCGUGGAGGCACCGAAGGCCUUUGAGUGCCCCAGUAUCCAGAUCACCUCUAUCUCCCCCAGCUGUCAGCAGGAGAUGGAUGCCAAUGAGGAGGAUCUGAGGGCCAAUGGCCCCGACGGGGAGUACCACGGUGACAGGCCCCUAUCCAGAGACCACCUGUAUCUGCCCCUGGACCACUCCUACCGGGACUCUUCGCUCAGCCCUAGCCCAUGCAGCAGCCUUUCCUCUAGGAGCUGGUUCUCUGAUGCCUCCUCCUGUGAAUCAUUCUCACAUGUCUAUGAUGAUGUUGACUCAGAGCUAAAUGAAGCGGCCGCCCGGUUCACCCUGGGCUCCCCUCUUACUUCCCCAGGCUGCACCUCCCCUCAAACCAGCGGCGGAGUUUUGGAGGAGCAGCCUCACUGGCAGCACCAGCACCCUGCCUUUGUGCACCACUCCCACUCCAUCACUCUGUCACCCCGACAGUCCCCUUGCCACUCGCCACGCACCAGCGUCACCGAUGAAAAUUGGCUUAGCCCGCGGCCACCUUCCAGGCCCUCCUCACGUCCCACCUCACCCUGUGGGAAGAGGCGCCACUCUAGCGCCGACAUCUGCUACCCCACCUCAUUGUCUCCUCAUCACUCACCCACACCCACACCAGGACCUUCACCUAGGGGCAGCGUGACGGAGGACACCUGGGUUGGCAGUCCUUCUGUAGGAAUGUCACCGUUCCAGUGCUGCCCUUCUGAGGCAGACAUCCCAUCCAAGACAAGGAAGACCUCACAGGACAGAACAGCAAUGCAGACUGGAAAAGGGGAUCUGGGGCUAGAUGACCAAGGAAAUAUGUCUCCUAAUCUAGACUCCCCUUCAGAUGAGGCCCUGCACAGCCUGAAGAAGGAUGGGCCUGGGGAACAGUUCCUCUCAGUGCCCUCUCACUUCUCAUGGAAUAAACCCAAGCCUGGUCAUACUCCUAUAUUCAGAACCUCCUCACUGCCUCCCCUAGAUUGGCCGCUGCCAAGCCAGUUUGGCCAGUAUGACCUGAAGAUAGAGAUGCAACCCAAAGCCCAUCACCGAGCGCACUAUGAGACCGAGGGCAGUCGAGGAGCUGUCAAAGCAGCGUCCGGUGGCCACCCAAUCGUCAAGCUCAUUGGCUACAGUGAGAAGCCCGUCAACCUGCAGAUGUUCAUCGGAACAGCAGACGACCGUUACUUGAGGCCGCACGCCUUCUACCAGGUGCACCGGAUCACCGGGAAAACCGUAGCCACGGCCAGCCAAGAAAUUAUCGUCUCCAGCACCAAAGUUCUCGAAAUUCCUCUCCUGCCCGAAAACAACAUGACAGCCAGUAUCGACUGUGCUGGCAUCCUGAAGCUGCGGAACUCGGACAUUGAGCUGCGGAAGGGGGAGACGGAUAUAGGAAGAAAGAACACACGGGUCCGUGUGGUGUUCCGAGUGCACAUCCCUCAACCCAACGGGAAGGUGUUGUCGCUGCAGGCUGCCUCUAUUCCUGUGGAGUGCUCCCAGCGUUCAGCUCAAGAGCUGCCCCAGGUUGAGAAAUCCAGCCUGACCAGCUGUCUGGUCAGCGGGGGAGAAGAGAUGGUCAUCACUGGCUCUAACUUCUUCCCAGAGUCCAAGGUCAUCUUCCUGGAGAAAGGCCCUGAUGGACGUCCACAAUGGGAAGUUGAGGCAAAAAUAAUCCGUGAGAAAUCUCAAGGAUUGUGCAUUGUGGUGGAGGUCCCUCCCUACCACAGUAAGACUGUGGGCUCAGCUGUGCAGGUGCAGUUUUAUGUCUGCAAUGGCAAACGGAAAAGGAGCCAAUCACAACGCUUCACCUACCUUUCAGUCAUGGUGAAACAGGAGCACAGAGACGAGCUGGACCUUCCUGCAGUACCCCCUAUGUCCAUGCCCCUGGCACAUGCUGCCAGUCUGGUGCGCACCCAGCUGCCUUCUCCUGAGCAGGGCCACCCAUCGGACAACCUUCUGUCCAGCUCCCCUCACGGCCUGGCCACGGGCUCCGGACCUGGCCUGCUACCCUUGCAGCCCCCCUGCCCCUCUUUGGGCUCCCCGUCUUUCCAGCACCUGCCUCACCUCCAGGGUCGCAGUUUGCACCACCCCCCUGCAGACUGCCACAUGACGUUCCACUCGAGCUCUGCUCCUGCUCCUCUUCCUGCUCCCCCCCGGCCCUCCUACCAGCCUAUGCAGCACAGCCACAGUCACUGUCAUAGCCUGCCCUUCAACGGCCAGUCCAGCCUUCCUCCUCAGGGCUAUGAGAGGAUGCCCUUUCAGCACAGCCCCAGUGCAGCUUCACACCCAAUGGGCAUGGGAAUGGUGUAUCCUUCCUCCCCUUGCUCCUCGCCAUCAGCUCCCUCUUCUUCAACCACCAACCCCAUUGCUGGGUCUCCCCAGAGCCAGCAGCCCCUGCUCACCCCCUCAUCCCCACACCUCCAUACACUCGGAGGCUAUCACUGCUCCCCAAAUCCCACCCAGGUGCCCUCUCCCAGUGGCCACCCCCUUGUGGGGCAGCACACCACUCAACUGCAGAGGGCUAUGGGGUACCACCCGGUAAGUCAAAGGUCAGCCUCCUGCCCCACACCGUCAAGCGCUCCUCCUCCACGGAUGAUCCCCUCUCCGCACUCUGGGCCUUCCUCCCCUCAGCUCCACUCGCUGCCCUACCAGUCUCCCACCUCAUCCUCCCCCACCUCAGCUGGAAGUCCUCUGGGGCCCCUGCAACAGCAGCAUUCAGGACAGCCUUCUCCCCAGGCUACAAGCCCGGUCAUGGCCAGCCUGUCCCCGGCAGCAGGGCCUCUGGUUCAUCCUCUAAGCCCGCAGGGGCCCUUCCCCUCGGAUGGAGAGAGGCUGAACAUCAAACAGGAGCCAGAGGAAAGGGAGCCCACGUUCCGCUCCAUCGGCCUACAGGACAUCACGCUGGACGAUGUGAAUGAAAUCAUCGGCAGAGACAUGUCCCAGUCUCCCAGCGCUCACGGUCCUCCGUCAGCACACAACCAGUCAUAGCUCAGCCCACACUCAGGCCCUGACGCAGCCUUUUGGGUCAUGAACCGUCCCCUCCAGCUAACCCUGCAAACCCCACAACACUGACUGUGGACCCCGGUCCCGGUCUAGGUGCUGGUCCGGCUGCUGGUCCUGUGUGCGAUGGGACAUAAGGGCAGGAAGAAAUAAAAAAUAAAAAAAAGACGGUGGUCAAAGACAGAAGAGCGGUUGGAGAUUCUGUUAAAGCCUCAUGGAGCUGCUAGACCACCAGCCUGACAAGAAGACAAGCUUAUGUGUCUCCUCUGAAUAUAUCUAAAACUCUACUAUUCCUCUCAGUUAGAGAUAGAGAUACGGAACUCGCAACUUUGCGCAGAUUAAACUGAAAGCCGAGUGAGAGAAUGUAGGUUGAAAUGGUUGGAGAAUAAUGAGGAUUAAUGAGAUUGUCAACACGUGAGCUGUCCCUCUUCAUUAGGUGUGCGCCUGACCUUUCAAAGCACUGCUGUCUUCCUGACCAAUCAGCUCUCUCCGUGAGUUCGGAGCACUUACUUUUUCAAAUAACUUUCUGUAUCGGAGACAAUACGGCAGCGUGUGUUGUCGUCCCCCCCCCCUUCUCACCAGCAAUUACCUUCAUGAAUGAAGACGUCUCGAGAGACAGAGAGAGAGACAGAGAGAGAGAGAGAGAGAGCGCACGGUGCUCUCACAGGAAGCCAGAGCUAGGAUUCAAAACCGGUCUGAAGGUGGUUUCAGUUCUCUGAAGUUAAAGAGUUUCUCAGGCGAAAAUUUCUAUAAACAGCAGGAUACCGAAACUCCCAGCAUGCUACAGAACAUUGGUGAUUGCCUGAGCGAGCAUCAGCAAAAGUGGGGCAUGAUGUGGCAAAAAUGAAUCACACUUGUGAUUCACACUUGACAUUUUAGGGUUAAAGAAUUCUGGGAAAAUAAAUGAUUAGCCAAAAAAUUGCUCGGCCUGAACGUUGAGAGUAGUUCCUGUCCGGUCCCAGUGUUUGUGCUCGUGGUUAGUGAUGACAGCACCGUCCGCUCCUUGUUUUUCUCCCUUAUAAAAGCUAAAACCAUUCAGGUGCUGGAGUGCAGGGAAACUGGUAGGGAGGAUGAGCUGAUCUGGGAUCUGCAACCUGCAACAUUCCGACAACUUUUAGUAACCAUGCAGCCAUGUAGAUAUCUGUACAUGACCCCCCUCUCCUCCCCCCUCCUUCCUUCUUUCUCUUCUGUUUUAUCUUUACCCCCCCCCCCCUUUUAUCCUCUUCAAGUUGAACAAAUGCCUUAUUAACACUUAGCAGCUUUGAAUGGUAGCGAAAGCUUUUUGUUGUUGUGUUGUUGUUGUUGUUUUGCACAGCUGGCUUUGAGUUUGACUGUAAUAUUCUUUGGGAAACAGAUUUGAGUCAUGUGGAUAUGAUUUCAUGCGUCCUGAGGAGGGAUGGUUUCAGUUCGCCCUCUUGAUCAUGUUCAUCCACAGAUCACAGAAGAGGCCUGUUAUUUCCACGUUACAGAGAAGUGUUUUUAUGAACCCACAGAGACGGACCUCUCCGCUUCGGAAAAUUUCUUUUCAUGCAAUAAUUCUCCAGAUCCCAGGGGCCCCUCGUGUGCCUUCUCAUUUCUAACAGCCACCAUAUUUUGUGAUGGUAUGGCAAUCUAGGCGACAUAUAAUGGGAAAUAAUCUGACAAAACGUUUGGAGGUAUUUUAUACUUAAAGAUGUCUAUAUAUUCCAUUUGUGUGUUGAACAAUCCCAAAGGGUGGAGAACAGCGUCUGGAUGUAACAGGGUUCCUGUUCCUUCCACAUCCCGUUUGCAACAAUCGAUGUUUGCUGUUCCCAAUCUAAAUACUUCUCCUUAACUGUCUCCAGAAUGGUGUCUAUUUCUCCAUGAUGUAUUCAUUAAUAUUAUAAGAUUCUGACAGACAUGCAGGGCCUGUAGGGCAGCAAUAACACAGUCUGGAGGAGAGAGUGUUUUCAGGCAGAUGCGACGCGUGGAUGCGGACGGACAGAUUCCCGGGUGCAGAUUCCCUUUGGCUGUUUUGCCUUAAGCUUGACAAUGUUGCUCCUGCAUGAGAGAGCUAAGGAGUGUUUGCUUUUGACAGCUUGAAGUCAGUUUCCAGGUGAAAAUGAUUCUGCUAUGCAUUAAAAUUCUGCCUAAUGCCUUUAAAAAUGAGAAAAAAAUAAGAGAAAAAAAGACCUUGAUGCCUAUAGAAGUAGACUGUAGACUUAUUGUAGAUGCUUGAUUGAUUCUGUUAGCAUCCUGGAGUUGCCCAUCAGCCAAUCUGCCUUGUCAAGGACGUAGUGCAAGCAUCUUAAUAGGUUCAGGUGUGUGUGCGUGUGUGUGUAUGUGUGUAUGGAUGGAUGGUGUUUGUACCAAAUAUGCUGUACAGAAGACAGGAAUUGUAAGAGUCCUAUUUUCAACAACAGAAGCACACACAUGUAUUUAGGCUAUGCAAACUAUAACAGCAGCAAAGGUGAUAUACGACAUUAAAGAUGAAAAAUGAGA